UUUACUCUCUUCCUAAGUAUCUAAAAUUUAAUUCUCACUAUGGCAACUCAGCCAACCGCCCCAGCAACAGUGAAGUGCAAUGUCAAAUUGGAGCAUAUUGAUGAAGUCUACGACGCUUCGUACUUGGUACCAGUGGAGACGCUAUCAGAACUAUCUCGUUACUUCAACGAUUAUUUCAUGAGGUACCAUGAACCAACUCGUAGGGUGAAAAAAUUUUGCUACAUAACACCAUACUACCCGUUGGAUACGGUUCACAACGACUGGAAAUUAAGCUACGAUAUCAAGUAUCUUGAAACCGAUCGUGAUGUUCAAGACAUGUUUCAAUGGAGGACAAACACAGGGGACCCAUUGUAUUUACAUGUUGCAACUCAAUUAAUCGAUUGGUAGAUUCCACAGAUUAUUGCUA